ACCCCAGCUCAAGAAGAGGGCCCAUGGCCUGGGACGCCACAUGCCUGCUGCCGCCUGUUCUGCUGGUGCUCCUGGCCUCAGGCUCGUGGGGACAGAAGCCAGAGUUGCUGCAUCACCUGGAAGGGGAGUCCUUCUCUGUGAAGUGCCCGUACCAGCCCCAGAAAGGCUCAGGAGCCGUGAAAUUCUGGUGCAGGUGGGACUUACCACGUACCUGUACCCUGUUAGCCACCUCGCCCCAGCUCCAGGGGAAGCCUCGAAACUCCAUUGAGGAUAACGUCAGAUGGGGCUACUUCAUCGUCACCAUGACCGAGCUCAGGGUUGAAGACUCUGGAUCUUAUUCAUGUGGAAUCUACAAAUCCUUCGGGAUAUUUUUUCACAGAAACAUCCAUCUGGUGGUAUCUCGGGCUUCAACCCUGCGUACUGCCAGGAGCACCAGUGGGACCACAGCCUGGACCUCUGUCACCAGCCCUGUCACUGACAGCCCUCAGGGCAACUGGCAGCUCAUCGUUCCCAGCUCUACGUUGGGUGUCCUGCUGGUGCUAGUGCUCAUCCUCCUCGUGAUCCUGUCCUUCAGGAAAGCCCGCAGAAGUGCCGCAAAAGGUGAGGACAAAUCCCACCACAUCUAUAACAACAUCUCAGUCCAGAAGGAACAGAGCACUGGGCAUAGGAAGGACCUCUCACCAAGGCAGAGGCGAUCUCAACUUUCCUGGGGCUCCGAUCAACAGAAGGGCUCUGAUGAAGACACUGGGGCCAUCUGCUAUGCCUCACUUAUCCACCUGAAUCAAUUCGGCCCCAAGGACUCCAUCUACAUCAACACUCAGCCCAAACUGAAACCCAUGCCUGAUCCCCUUCUGACUGUAGAAUAUGCCUGCAUCCCUGGGACCAGACCCCAGCCCACCAAGUCAACUGCCCCGGAUAGGGAGCUCAAGAGCUAAGGAUAGACUUCACUGAGCAGUGAGCACUUAGCAAGUACUUGUGAGGCAUAGGGCUGCUCUGCCAGUGAUGGGCGGGGGGAGGACUUCAGCAUGGCAAAGAUGGUCCCAAACCAGCAAAAGAUCAUUGCUUCCUACAAGGGCAAUGAGGAGGAAGGAGGAAAGGAAAGUCGUUAUCAUUCAGAGGGGAGAAGCUUUGAGUGUGAAGGCUGUGAUGGGUAGGCUCUGGGGCCUAUAGAAGGGGUCUCUAGACACCUGCCUGCUCCCCUCCCCAGGGUCUGGGAGGAGGGAUACUGGAGUAGAGUCCAGUUAAAUAGGAUCUGGACACCAGUGCUCCAAGCCACCCAAUCUUCUCCACACUCUGUGACCCUCACUUCCUUCCUGACCAGGGCUUAUGAAAUCCUGACAUGCUGUGCAAGUUCCUCUUUGGUGAUCUCCUCAUGACAGUCCCUGCCCAACUCUCUCUGAGGGCCACUAAGUUCUAUCUCUCCAUCCCAGCUCCUCCUCUCCUUCCUGACCUUCUGAUUUUGAUUCUCACAAAUGACCCUGACAGGACGGGCAGUGCCUGCGGCUCAGCGGUCUUCCUUAACUCUUGGCCUUGCCAGUCAAGGUGGGGCGUGGGAAUUUCCUUCCCCAUGGUGGCCCCUGUAGCUCCACCAGAACUGAUCUGGGUUCCUCUGCCUUCCACAGAAGCUAUCAUGUAUUCUACUAGCAGCACCUCAAGGACAGCAGGCUGAGGGUUACCUCCUGUUUUGCCCUAGUGCCCUUGCACAGAGCUAUUAUGGGGACAGAGCGCCCUUCUUUAUUAGGCACUCCCAAGGAGUGACUCUGAACUGUGGGAACUCCAGGUCAUGGGGGCAGAGGGUGGGGUCCUACCACGUCAUGGAAAAGAUUGCUUGACUGCUGAUACAUCACUUCUCAAGGAUAACAUUUAAAGAUAAUUGAAUCUAACUGCCAGUGAGUCCAACUGCAAAAUCCCAGUGAGUCAUGCAGUAUCUGCCUCAAUCUCUCCAAGGACAGGGAAUUUACCACCUCUUGCUCAAGCAGCUUGUUUGUCAAUGUUUUUUUUUUUUUUGUCUUUCAGCUUGCCCUCAAUUACAGGGAAAGGUCAGCUUGCCUACAGGAUGGGACCUGAGGGUCAGGCUGCUUCACGGCCAGAAAGGUAGAGGGGUUGGACAGGUGAAGAGUGGGGGGCGGUCUGAGGUUUGGCAGGCUGGGUGCAAGGGAAAGGUCUUCCUCAGGGAGGAAGGCAAGCUAAGCACUUGUCACUUGGGACAUCCCAGGCUCCCUGUGCCGAGGAUGUGGUUCUAUCCUCAGUCUGUGGUUGCAUGAGGACACUCAGGAACAACCCCAAGUUGAAGGAGGUGGAGAGCAGGAUGCUCUGAGCAUCACUUUAGCCCUCCAGGUCUCUGCUCUGCCCUUCCAACUUCUUAUUUCUGACUCCUAGAGACUGGGCAACUACUGCACCCUGACCUCCCACCCUACCUAGCCUUUCUCUGAGAAGGUCAUUGACACUGACCUGUGGACUUAUUUGACCUCUGGUCCUCCAUGGUUCUAGGCUCCUAACGGUGCCUCUUGGUCUGUAUUUUAGUCUACACUCCCAUGGAGGGAGCCCGUAUUCACCAUGGUCUUUUCAACUCAGGUUUCCUGGCUACAGCACUAUGAGCCAUCCCAGGGGUCAGGUUCCUCAUGAGCUGUCCAAACCCAAAGGAUUUACUCAGACUAGAGCACCUGGAGUUAUAGUCAUUACACAGUCCUUGUAGGGAUCUGCUGACUGCCAGCCACUGCUCAGGGUUGGGGACACAAUGAUUAAGGCUAGUAAGCCAACAACUAUGGAGUGCUUCUUAUAGGCCACAUUCCUCUAUAUACAUUAAUGGCUCUAACAUCCUGGAAGGAAGGUACUCUCCUAUCAUUUUAAAGAUGGGGCAAAUUGAGGUGCAGACAGGUUAACUUUUUCCCAAAGUCUUGACUCUUGAAAGGGGUUCAGUAGUUGUUCCCCAAAUUAUUUCCUCCUGAGAACAUAGCUAGAUGAUUACAGUCCAGCCUUUCUUGCAGUUAGAGGUAGUCAAGUGACUGGGCUCUGGAAGUUACUGUUUGCCCCCUCCAGGCCUGGCCCAUAGAACCUUUUAUGCAAUCAUCAGUGUUUUCUCCUUCCUCUCAUUUGUCACCCAGAUGGCAUGGUGAAAUAAAAGUUCUUAAUGUAAAUUCUAAUCCUAACUCAGCUUCCCAAGGGUAAAAAAUCUGGCUUGCCUUGUCUUUCCUAACUGCUACUGCCUCUUCUGCUGCCGGAGCUUCUUUC